AUGUUUUAUACUGAAAACUUGAUAUCUAACACCAAACGAAAUAAAGUCCCAACGGUAUUCCUUUUAGAUUUAGAUCUUAAAGAAGGUUGCAACUUCUAUCCCGUGGGGGAAUACUUGAAGUUCGUCAGGAUACCAGAGAACUUAAAAGUCGGGGAGGAAGUGUUACAAGUGGAAGUUCAUCCAAGGAAGAAUCUGGUGCUGCAGCCAGUGGACAGGGAGGAGGACGUCCACUUGUUUACGUACAGAGACGUAAAUAGAACACACGUGUCGGUAGUGCUGGCCCAAAGUGUGGACCACUUGGUCGACAGCGACUCACCGCAAAAUGUCGUCAAGUUCCGCCUUGGAUGCGAUUUUGACACUGGCGACGAUCUUAUAUCGGCUUUCUUGUCGGUGACCGUGUACAUCGAGGAUGUAAACGAUAAUGCGCCGACGUUCCUGGACCUUCCCUACAGGGUGACUGUGGACGAGUUGACACCCACUGGUCUUACAAUUUUCAAUGGCAUCCGCGCUUUCGAUCGGGACAAACCUAACACCCCCAACUCGGACGUCCAAUACAGCAUCACUGACGGCGAUCCCGAAGGACGGUUCUCCCUGGAGAGUUCCCACAAGCCGGCACUGGUGUUGGCCAAGCCGAUAGACUUCGACGCGGGCGACAGAGAAUUUUUUUUGACAGUUACUGCCUCUGAUCGUGGAUCUCCACCUCGCGUCUCCAACGCCACGGUGCACGUCAUUGUAGCGGACAACGAUGACCUGCCUCCCAAGUUCACGCAAGACGUCUACAGGACAAGUAUACCCGAGUUCUAUCCGCUGCUAGGGCGGCGCGUGCACCGCGAGCUGGUGUUCCCGGCGGCGGUCCGCGCGUUUGACCGCGACGCGGGGCUCGGUGCGCCGCUGCGCUACCAAUUGCUCGCCGGCAACGAGCGCGGCUACUUCUCGCUCGGACCCCUCAACGCCACGCUCUUCCUCGAUAAAGAGAUCGACCUGGAAGCGGAGACGUUGCCCGGGAACACCUUCGUUCUUCAAAUCGAAGCAGCUCAAGUCGACAAUCCACUCAAGACUGCUCAAGCACGUAUUGAAGUAGAGAUCCUGGACCUAAACGACAAUUUGCCGGAGUUCGAAGUGGAUUUCUACAAUAUAAGCAUCGUGGAAAAUUUGCCCAAUGGUUUUAGUGUUCUCCAAGUGGUGGCAACGGAUAAAGAUCAAGGAGACAACGGAGAGUUCACGUACCAGCUCAGUGAUCCAGAGGGAGCCUUUUCCAUUGACCCACGAAGCGGCUGGCUCACUGUUAGGAACCAGACAGUUUUAGACCGAGAGCAGCACUCCUCACUAAGGAUGAAAGUGUACGCCAAGGAAAAAAACCCGAGCGUAGUCGGCACGUUUUUAGACAAGCAGAGGCUCUCAAAAUGGCGACGUAAUCCCACCACACUAACGCAGCCUCCCAACGAAAAGACCACAUACGUAUUCCCGGAUAAAAUCGGAACCAAGAGCGAGAACUUUGAGUACUUCGAAGACGAACAUCAGCUAAUGUCAUUCGUGACUGUUGACGUGACACUACUCGACGCAAACGAUAACAACCCGGUCUUUGUUCCGAGCAAUCUUUACGAAUUUACCGUGAAGUCGAAUGCGAAAAUCGGUACAUACAUUGGUAGUGUUAAAGCUGUGGAUCCAGAUUUAGGGAAGAACGGUGUAGUGUUUUAUGAUUUACAGAGGACUAGUAAUUUGACGAUUACUGCACCGUUUCAAGUGGAUGCGAAAACCGGUGUGAUUACUUCGGCAGAAUCACCGAUAUUGGAAGGAAGGCAUGCUUUGUUUAUCGAGGCGUCUGAUCAACCGGCCAAUCCGAGUGAGAGAAGAUAUUCAUUGGCUGUGGUAACAAUAGAUGUUACCAGGUCAAAUAUUGAUAAACCAGAUUUUAUCGGGGCGCCGUAUGAGUUUUGGGUUGGUUCAAAUGUUGGUAUUGGAACUAGCGUUGGACAAAUUAGAGUCAAUGAAGCUAUGGAGAAAUCUGAAGUUUCGUAUGACCUUCUGCAUGGAUAUGAAGAAGGAGUACCGUUCGCAGUGGAGGAGCGCUCCGGAGUCAUAACAGUGAUACACGAGCUAUCAGAGUUCGACCGUCCCAUGUAUGAGUUCGAAGCGGUCGCCAUACAAGACAGGAUCAACUUGACUAUAUCCACCAACGCGACGGUACACGUCGUGGACGCCAACGACGAGAGAGGCAUUUUAUUGAAGGGUACCCAAUCGCCAAUCGUAUUUCAUGUUAAAGAAAAUGUGGCAGGAGCUAUAAUUGGACAAAUAUUCAACGUCAAUAAAACUGCGUCUUCAAUUAACAACACUGGAAAUAUAAGAUUUAUAAUUGCGAACCAACAAGAUGUCGAAGAUGAUAUUGCAAUUGGCCAAGAUGGGACUAUUUAUACUCAAAAACCUCUUGAUCGAGAGAAGAGAGACGCUUAUAGAAUGACAGUAAUUGCUGAAUUUAACAGGGGAGUCAUAUCUGGGGCAGGAAUUUAUCAAGUCAAUAUUUACGUAGAUGAUGAAAAUGAUAACCCACCGAUAUUCGAUAUGCCCGUUUAUGAAGGUUUUAUAAUGGAAAAUGCAAAGAAAGCUACGGAAGUAAAAAUGACUAAUAAAAUUAGAGCACUUGACGCCGAUAUUGGUCAUAACGCAGUUUUUUCUUAUACUCUGUUUGGAGAUGGUCACGAUUCAUUUCAUGUAAAUGAAGAGAGUGGCGUAGUUACUUAUAUUGGAAGUAAAUUGGACCGAGAAGAAAAAGGUUUGUACAUAUUAAAAGUAGUGGCUAGAGACAAAGGAAGUCUGAAAUCAGAGGCAAAACUUACAAUAACAGUUCUUGAUGAAAAUGAUAAUGAGCCAAAAUAUAAUCAAAUCAUUAUACCAUUGGGAGAAAAUGUGGAUUUGUUAGAGAAAGAUGACAAAAGUGAUUUAAAAAUAUAUAGAGAAUGGAAAAAUGAUGUAAAUAGCGGAGUAACAAAAAUAGAAGUUAAACCAAAGAAUAAAUUUUUACCAACAUUUGCCAAGGGCCCCUUGUUUACAGUUCCAGAAAAUAUUGCGAUUGGAUCGACAAUAUUAAAAUUAAAUGCGAUAGACAUGGACAGUGGUGCAAAUGGUCAAAUACAUUACGAAUUUGUUUCAGAAACAUUUAUGCCUCCAAGGGCCUUGUCUGGGAACGAGUUACAAGUUAGAAGAUUUUUUGUGAUAAAUGAGAGGUAUGGACAUGUUGUCGUAGCUAGGACUUUACCUCCGGAAUCGGAAUUUAGAUUAAAUAUUUCUGCUAUAGAUGGAGGGGAAUUGAGUGAUCAUAUAACAAUCCGAGUAUUUAUCAAAGAUGUCAAUGACCAUUUCCCUAUGUUUAAGAAAUCUUGGUACAACUUUAAUGUUGAAGAAGCUCAAUAUAGUAGAAGAGUAUUGGGCAAAGUUGAUGCAACGGAUGCUGAUUUCGGUCAAAAUGCUAAUUUAACGUACUUCUUACAGCCUGAUAGUAAAGACUUGCCAUUCGAAAUUUCACCCCUUAGCGGAGUUCUAAGUAUAAAUGGAGAACUUGAUAGAGAAAAAGAGGAUAAAUAUACCCUUACAGUAGUCGCUAGGGAUAAUGGUUUCCAGAAGAAAUUGACUUCAUCGGUUAGUGUAGAAAUACAAGUACUAGACAUUAAUGAUAACUCGCCUAAGUUCUACGGUUUUGAUGAACUGCUAGAAUGGAAACAUCCAGAAGCAUAUAAUUUAUCGAACCACAACUUUGAAUCGGUGAUGAUGAUCCCUGUGUAUAAGGCAACAUUGAAAGAAAACGCUCCCGUUGGAAGUGUGGUUACACAGGUAUACGCAAAUGACUCCGAUUUUAUUGGGAAUGGCAAUGGACUAAUUCUUUACAGCCUACCGCAAAGGAGAAACCAAAUGAAUAUUUUCACAAUCGAUUCUAAAGAAGGUGUAAUCACAACCACCGGAAGAUUGGACUAUGAAAGUCAGUCUGUACACAAUGUUACCGUAGUUGCUUCAGACUUAGGCUCUCCAAGUUUAAGUUCAACCGCUAUAGUUAUGUUAACAGUUCAAGAUGUUCCCGAUGAGAUAGAAAUGUCAGACAAACCUGUUUUCAUAUCACGGUACUAUGAAUUGGAAAUUGAAGAAAACGUCCCCACUCCCGUAGAACUCGUCACCUUGAACUUGACGGAAUACUAUGAGAGUUACAAAAUGAAAUAUUUUAUUCUGAACGAAAAUGACACAGAUAUCAAGAAGACAUUUGUGAUAGAUCCGCGUAAUGGAACUUUGUAUCUAGUUCGGAGUCCAGAUAGAGAAGUAAGAGACAUGUAUGAGAUAAUAGUCAGAGCUGAACGACAAAAGAUUAGUAGAGAGAUGCCUCAUAUGAUUUAUCCAGUUUCCGAUGACGUGCUGGAGGGUAUGACGAAGUAUGACGUUAAAAUUAUUGUAAGGAUAAAAGAUGUGAAUGACAACGCACCGAAAUUUAUAAACGGUGGGCGUCCGAUGGUCACAGCGAUUCCGACUACUGCUUCUUAUGGAUAUGAAGUUAUACGGCUACAGGCAGUGGACGCGGAUGUCGGUCUGAACGCGGAGGUGCGCUACCACUUGAUGAACUCGGCGGGGGGUCGGUUCUCGGUGGAGGCGGAGAGCGGGCGCGUGCUCGCGGCGGGCGGGUUCGCGCGCGACGCGGGCCGCGUGCUCGGCUUCGACGUGAAGGCCACCGACCGUCGCGGCGCAGACGACGGCCGCUCCGCCAUCGCCAACGUCUUCGUAUACGUCCUAGACGAGAGUAAACAGCUCGUGCUUGUCGUCGGAGCGAAGCCUGCGGAGGUGGAGAAACAGAUGGUGAACAUCACGCGCCACCUCUCCAACAUGACCGGUUAUGACAUCCGCGUGCGCAGACUUGAGGCUAAUGCAAAGUCUUCCAUGGAUGGUCAUGCGUUAGUGGAUUUAUAUCUUCAAUCUAUGGCCAUUUUUACCUUGAUAACUCCAGAAAAUCUGGUAGUUUAA